AUGGCACAGCCUCCAUGGCAAGCUCCUCCAGAGCCAAGCGAAUUAGUGCGAGCAAGGCUACCAAAGCUGUUGGUGUACAAUAGCUUGACCAGAUCCAAAACGCCAUUUGUGCCAAGAGAUCGAGAAGGGAAGAAAAUAGACUGGUAUGCUUGCGGACCUACGGUAUAUGAUGAUUCGCAUCUGGGUCACGCACGCAACUAUGUCUCAAACGACAUCAUCCGUCGCAUACUGUCUGACUACUUCAAGUUCGACGUCAACUUUGUCAUGAACAUUACCGACGUGGACGACAAGAUCAUCCUAGCUGCAAGACAGCAGCAUUUGUUGUCUCUGUGGCUGGAACAACAUGCGGCUGUUGAUCGAGAUGUCUUAGACACCACACAUGCUGCAUACAAAGCAUACCUCGAGAAGACCUUGCCAAUGAUACCGGCUGUUACACCACCGGAGUCAUUGCCGGCAGGAAUCGAGCAAAUCUAUGGUCAUGUUCUAGCUGGGAAGAGCAUCAAGAAUGAUGGUUCGCCACCAGGCGAUGAUGAGGCCAAGAUCAAGAUGCAUCUCAAGACUGUUUCACAAGCUGGAGAGGCGCUGGUAUUGACUGAACCAACGAUCGAAGAGUUCUCACUUAAAGCAUCUGGCGUUUUACUACCACACAUCGACGCACUACAAAAGCAUACCAUAACCGGCAAGGACUACGACAUAUUCACGAAGCUUACGAAGAAAUACGAAGAUCGAUUUUUUCAUGAUAUGAAAUCUCUCAAUGUCCAAUAUCCGGACACGCUUACACGAGUGACAGAAUAUGGACCACAGAUUGUGAACUAUGUGAAGCAGAUUCAGGAUAACGGUUUUGCGUACGAACACGAAGGCUCAGUGUACUAUGAUACCCACGCCUGGGAGUCCACAGGCGGCGUAUAUGCACGACUGGCACCCUGGAACCGCAAUGACAAGGAGCUACAACAGGACGGUGAGGGAUCAUUGUCAACAAAAAACACGGGUUUCAAGCGCUCGGGAGCCGACUUCGCCGUUUGGAAAGCUAGCAAAGCAGGCGAGCCGAGCUGGAAGUCGCCAUGGGGUGAAGGUCGUCCAGGCUGGCACAUUGAGUGCUCAGCUAUGGCAUCAGACGUACUUGGCAAGCAAUUUGAUAUACACUCUGGCGGCAUCGACCUCGCCUUCCCACAUCACGACAACGAGCUAGCGCAAUCAGAAGCCUACUGGUCGAAAUCUGGUAAGGACAGUCAACAGUGGGUGAAUUACUUCUUACACAUGGGUCACCUGAGCAUUACGGGCAGCAAGAUGAGUAAAUCACUAAAGAACUUCAUCACUAUCCGAGACGCCAUCGGGAAUGGUUCAUGGACACCUCGUGGUCUGCGCAUCGUCUUCUUGCUUGGCGCGUGGCGUGAUGGUCUUGAGGUGACUCGCGAGGUCGUGAAAGCUGGCAGGGCUUGGGAAGACAAAGUAGACAACUUCUUCAUCAAGAUCCGGGAUGUGCAGGCUCGGCAACACCCAGCUCCAGGCAUCAAUGGUGCGACGAACGGGGUUCACAAGCUUGACAUCCAGGAGGUAGCUAUCAGUGGUCCAAUGGCCAAGGAGCUCGAACUGACGAAGAAGCAAUUUCACGAAGCGAUGUGCGACAGCUUUGACACACCGACAGGGCUGCGAGUCAUCAGUGAUCUCAUCACACUGUACAACACGCAGAAGGCCGUCGAUAUCCCGGAAGCUGUGGCGUUGGAGCUGGGCAAGUGGGUAACGGAGAUCGUGGUCAUGUUCGGCCUCGACGCAGAAUACAAAUCUGGCCAGCUGGGCUGGUCAGGCCUCGACAUUCCCAUCGAAGCGAAGCCUUUUGUCAUUCCGCUAGCACAAUUACGGGACCGAGUCCGCGAAGCAGCAAAGGCUGGUGCCGUCAAUGUCAGCGACUUGAGCACCUUGGAGGACAAAGAUACCACCUACGAUUCCAAUCAGCCAUAUGCCAACGCCUACGCCGACUUUCAACGCAAGCUCCACCAACUCCAAGCCCAGAACGCCGCCGCCAAAGAGUACCUCGCCGCCUCCGACCACGUUCGCGACAAAGUACUCUGGGAUCUCUCCAUCUACCUUGAAGACCGCGACGCCGAACACCUCCCUGCUCUCAUCCGUCCACUCUCGCAAAGCCUCCGCGAAGAACGCUCAACCCGUGACGCGGCCGCAUUAACAAAGGCAGCAGCGAAAGAAAAGGCCCGUCAAGACGCGGAAGCCGCAGACAAGAAAAAGGCCGAACUCGGCAAGAUCGAUCCGCUGAGGAUGUUCCGGACCCUCGAGUAUAGUGCUUGGGACGCGGAGGGUUUGCCCACGCAUGAUGCGGAGGGGAUGGAGGUGGCAAAGUCCCGGUCGAAGAAGUUAAGGAAGGAUUGGGAGAGGCAGAAGAAGGCGCAUGAGAGCUGGAAGAUUGAGAGUGGGGUUGUUGGGGAGAUUCCGGCUGGUAAGGGGGCCUCGUAG